UGCUAUACUCUGUAAAAUAACGUUCGCAUUCUCUCCGGUUUUCUUCUCAGCUGCUUGCUGCUGUUGCUUCUCUCUGCAGUCAAUUAGGUGAACUGCGAGAUCAAUGGGGCGUUCACGGGCAGUGUCCCGUUCUGCUGAUGAAGAUCCCAACCAUAGUCGAUCUAAGAAGAGAAAGACUGUUUCCAGUGUAGAGAAUAUCCCGACUACAUCUACAGUAUUGCAGGAAGUGUGCGCAGGAAAGCCGUUAUACCACUGUAAUUAUUGCAACAAAGACCUCUCUGGACUGAUUCGCAUCAAAUGUGCCAUGUGUCCUGAUUUUGAUCUUUGCAUUGAGUGUUUUUCUGUUGGAGCAGAAGUUACUCCUCACAAAAGUAAUCAUCCCUACAGGGUUAUGGACAAUCUAUCUUUCCCACUUAUCUGCCCAGAUUGGAAUGCAGAUGAAGAGAUGUUGCUUCUAGAGGGCAUUGAAAUGUAUGGAUUUGGAAACUGGACUGAAGUUGCAGAACAUGUUGGAACCAGGACCAGAUCACAAUGCAUUGGUCACUAUAAUGCUGUUUAUAUGAACUCCCCAUGUUUUCCAGUCCCUGAUAUGACCCAUGUGAUGGGAAAAAGCAGAGAAGAGCUCCUUGCAAUGACCCAAAGGAACGAUGAUGCCAAGAACACUGAAGUCAAGAAAGAAAUUCCUAUGCUUGGGGAACUUGAUCUAAAAGAAGGGAGACUUUUCUCUACAACAGUCCAAUUUGAAGUGCCAAUUAAAGAAGAUCCCGUUUGCCAGUCUUCUUCGAGUCAAGAUGCAGGUUCAGUAAAGAAGGCUGCCUACAACAUUCUGCCAGUUAAGAAAAACAUUAAAGUGGAAGAAAUUCAGUCGGAUAGGAGGAUUGGAGAGAAAAAACCUAGGCUGCUGGGGGACGAAGGACCAUCGGUGGCAGAGUUCAGUGGCUACAACUUCAAGAGGCAGGAAUUUGAGAUUGAAUAUGAUAAUGAUGCAGAGCAGUUACUCGCAGAUAUGGAAUUUAAGGAGACUGACCCUGACGCCGAGAACGAAGUGAAAUUGAGAGUGCUUCAUAUUUACUCAAAAAGGCUUGAUGAGAGGAAACGUAGGAAAGAUUUCAUAUUGGAAAGAAAUUUACUAUAUCCUGAUCAAUUUGAGAACAACCUCUCAUCUGAAGAAAAGGAAAUAUAUCAGCGAUUCAAGGUUUUUAUGAGGUUUCACCCAAAACAUGAGCAUGAGGAAUUUGUAAAGAGUAUUAUUGAGGAACAUCGAAUUGCCAAAAGAAUACGAGAUCUUCAGGAAGCUCGAGCAGCUGGCUGUCAAACAAUGGCCGAGGUAAAUAAAUUUUUGGAGCAGAAACAACAACAGGAAAUGGAAGUAAAUCUCCAGCAAAUGAAGGAAAUUAGUCAGAUGCAGGGAGAAAGCUCUCAAGGAAUCGCUAAAGAGCUCACAGAUUUACAUAUUGGUGGCAAUGAUUCUUCUUCCACUAUUGCAAAACAAUCUAUUUCAGACCCUUUAGAUGACGAUUGGGACAUUACCGGAUUUCCAGGAGCCAAUUUACUUUCUGAAACUGAGCAACGGCUCUGCAGUGAGAUCAGAAUACUACCAUCACAUUAUCUCAACAUGCUUCAGGCCUUAUCAGCAGAGAUUAUGAAGGGCAAUAUUACAAAAAAAUCUGAAGCGCACAGCUUGUUCAAGGUUGAACCAAGCAAAGUGGACAGACUUUUUGAUAUGCUGGUUCAAAAAGGAGUUGCAAAGGCAUGAUUGAACAUGUUUUUCUGGCUCAGCUCAUCUUCUUGUAUGAUUUAUGUACAAUGUCAGUAGUACAAAAUGGUUACAUAUCAUCAUUUUAAAACCAAAAA